UGUCACAAGCAACUGAGACUUUCACAAAACUUCAAGUUUGUCUUCAUUCAUGUUGGUUUCAUGGCUUGAUGGUUCAUUAUGCUGUGGUUAAUUUAAUUAACAAUGCUUUUCAAAUUUUGUUGGGUAAUUAAGGAUAUUUUAGCAAGAAGGAGGAAAUUAAUGUAUCCAUACAUCCUUUGCCAGAGUUAUAGUUUAAACAUUAAAGAAAUUGAGAACACAAAUUUAAAGGGCAUGCUUUAAAACACAACACAUGAUGGCCAGGAUCCAGUCGGCCAAGUUGAGAAGAUGUUGAGAUGUAAUACAUCUGCACCAUGACACAGAUGGCGUAGGACACAGCACCUCAGCCUGUCUUUUAUGUUUGUGUAACUACAGCAUUAGAUUUCAUUGUCAGGGAGAAUGAUUGAGGUCAAUGAGCUACAUGAGCUGCUUUUCUCUCGCUCACUUCAAGCAUACUUUUAACAUUUUCUUAAACGAUCCAAGCAUGCGUUCUCAGUCAUGUGAGAGAGAAGAAGGGAGUCAAAUAUUUGACAUUGACAUAAUUAUGUGACAGGGCCUCUUAUGUAGUUUUAUGUGGUGUCAUAAAGAAGGUCAAACCUAUAGUAAAAACAAAAAUAAAAAGACAAACUAGAGAGUAAAUUGUAAAUGGACAUAUUUUUAUAUAGUGCUCUUCCACCCUCAAGGCACUAAAAGCACUUUACAUCAAGGAACCAUUCACCCAUUCACACACCCAUUCAUACGCCAGUGUACACAGACACUGGGGGCAAGGUGGGUUAAGUGCCUUGCCCAAGGACACAAUGACAGCACAUGAGCUGGAAUCAUACUGUCAACCUAUGGGUUAAUGGAUCUGAUCAUUCAACUAAUGAUGUUGAUGUCCAAAGCAGGAUUCAAAUCACCAACCUUCGCAUCAGUGGACAAAUGCUCUUCUAACUGUUAGUAGCCAUCUCAUCUUAAGACGAAUGAAUAGAGAGUCCAGUGUCAUGUCUUAAAUAAUGUCUAUAGUUCUUGCAGAGACAUAAAAAAUAAUGAAGCCACCUGACUCUACCCUAAACUGAAGGAAUUUGUGUUGGCCUCUUAGCAACCCUGCACCAUUUCUCAACAGCAUGCUUAGUGUAGACAUGUUAGGCAUUGCAUUGUGCACAGACUACAGUGAUGUCUUUGUUAAGCCCUCCUCUCUCUUAUCUGUGAGAGAUGUGCAGAAAGACACCUCCUUUUUCUGGCAAAUGUUCAGAGUGAGGUUACAAGAUGUCACGGCUGUGGUGGGACCUUCAGAGGACUAAUACAACAUAGAUAGUGUGGAUAGAAAAAUUCAUUUGUAAUUUAACUUUUUGAAGGUAAAUGUAUGAAUUCAAAAGUUUUGUCUUGUCAGUGUUAUUUGUGUGUCUACAGUCUGAAGAACAAAGAUGCAAAAGAGACGUGGAAGAAGAAGAAUGGGCUGAUCUAUAGAGAGAGGCCGGCUGGCAGGGAGUCUCCUCAGCAGCAGCUCACAGACGGGGCCAAUGGGGUGCCCGAGUUCUCCCUACAGCCUCAUGGGCCCAAAGUGUAUGGCGUGGUGCAGAGGACCGGCUCGGACCGCCAACAGGAAGUGAUGGCACGGGAGUGGAGCGUCAGUCACCUCCAGAACGAGAUGAGAUACAUACGAGAGGUAAGAGAUUCACUGGAGAAGGUGAGAGAACGCAUGUACAGCCAGUUCGGAGGGAUGCAGCAGUCGAUGCAGAAGCUUACUCAAGAAAUUAAGACAGCCAACUCCCGAAGCAGAAGCUUAGAGGCAGAGGUGAGGGUCCGGACUGAAGCCAUGGACAGCUUUGACCAAAUGAACAGCUCACUUAUAUCAGCCAAUCUUGGCCUACAGAAAUCUCUGCUGGAAAACUGUCAAAACAGGGUGGACCUGAGAGAGGAGGUGAAAACAUUAAGAGGCACCUUUGAAAAAACCCAAGAGAAACUGAAGGACAAAGAGAGGGAGUUGGCUCAAGCACAAGCGGAAAACCAGACGCUGCGGCUACAGGUGGAGUCUUCGCAGGAGGCAGGCACUCGGGCCUUGCAUGAGCUCUCAGCCAAACUACAGCGAGAGUAUGAGGAAAAACUACUCGCAGAACAACGCAAACACAGGGAGGAGAUUGAAAACCUACAGGCACAACUUGACAAAUACAUUAGACGACUUGAGGAAGCAGAGAAAACCAUCAAAAAUGCAGAGGCCAAGAUCGCAGAAAGAGACCAGCGGAUCCUGGAAGUAGAGCGACUUCUCAAUUGUAUGGGAAAUGAAAAAAGUCAACUCCAAAUGAAACUACAGACAUGUGAACAGCGUAUUCGUUUUUUGGAGUUGUCUGACACCACAGAUUCAAAUGUAGUCAAAAAGUCCAAACAACUGGAGAGUGAAGCUGCAGACCUCAAAGAAAGAAUCAAACAUUUAAAUGACAUGGUGUUUUGUCAGCAGAGAAAGGUUAAAGGGAUGAUAGAAGAGGUUGAAUCACUAAGAGCUCAAGUUGCCCAAAAAGACAUGUUUAUUUCGGAGCUUUUGGACAGGAUUGCGAUCGUGGAAUGUGAGAAUAAUGAAUUAGAAGACAAGCUCAAGUAUUUUAUGUCCACACAGAAUAGGCCAAGAGAGGCUUUGGAUACAAGGGAUGUUGGAGUAGGCUGUGAUCUGCUCCCCAGAGAUGAGCCAAAUAAACACAGAUUUUCUCCAUCUGAACCAUCUCAUCCUCAUCACUCGUCAUUACCUAAUCAUCAUCCAUCACCUUUCAAUGCAUCGUUAUCAAGUCAACCACUUUCACCGAUUCAAUCCAUCUCUCCCCCAUUGUCUCCCCUGCUGUCUCCCCCAUUGUCACCUCCAUUGUCUCCCCCACUCUCCACGCCGCUAAGCCCCAGUCUCCCAGUCUCUCCCACCCAUUCUUCAUCUGCUGUGCCAUCUCAAUCAUCUACAUCCUUUCUUCAUUCAUCUCUCUAUCUAACAACUCCAGCCCAACCCAGGACGUUCAGUCCCCAAAACCCUCCCCCCAGCCGUCUAGAAAACAGCUUACUUAAGUACACUCCUGUUCAAUACAGCCGCAUCCUGGAGGCCAACCCUUCAGUGCCCAGUGGGGUACUGACUUACCCACUUUCUACCGGAGGGGACCGUCCUGUGAGCCCGAGACAAACUGGUAGAGAUGAAGUGGACUCCUCAAAUUGCCGGGAAACAGCGCCUGGUUCAUUGUCGCCCAGUAGACAUGGAGUUUAUACACCGUUUAUGAAGCUGAUGGAGAUGACAGCAAAGAUUAACAUUGAAUUUAUAACCACUGAUUUCCCAGUUUUUCCAACAAUGGACAUGUCGUGGACCGAGCGUCAGGGACAAGUGGGAGACCUGACAAAACACAGCAAAGAAGUCCUUCAAGAGCUUCUGCUGCGACAAGAGAAGAUUCUUUCCAAUAGAAGGCUUAUACAGACACUAACGGACAAAGGGGAAAAAAUUAAGGAGUUUGCAGUGAAAAUACAGCAAGCACUUAAACAGCAUGAAGAAGCAGAGAGAAAGCAAAGACUUGUAUCUGAAGCCAGGAUGGAGUUUCAGUCCAAAUAUGAACAAGCUUUUACUAUGCAACAACGGCUGGUUCAAACCUCAUCCUCACGAGGCUACUCAACACAAGUGCAGCCUUUUUCACCCUCUGGCAAAUCAGCAGAGAUGACGAUGGAGAAGACCCACGCUCCAGAGACUGGACUUGUGGAGGCCAUGGAGAGGGUCACACUCGGCAAAGGUUCAAGUGGCGACACCAAACAACAUGACAGGAGAUCAGUGGAGAAUUAUUUUGUUAAAAGUCCAGCUAAGCCUCACUAUUUAAGUGUUAUAGAAAAGUCUGAACAUGUUCAGUUAUCAAGAAAGUUAAAAUUCAAAACUAAUCAGCUGCCAAGCAAAGAUGACAUUUCUCCUUCAGCUUCAUCGUCUCCCAAUCAGUCCUCCAUAACGUCCUCUCUCUCAGCACAAUCACGAAGGGAGCGUGACAGGAAACAUCUGGAUGACAUUACAGCUGCAAAACUGCCUCCUCUGCACCACAGUCCUGCUGAGCUGUUGUCACUGGAAGAAUCAGCUAUCCUCAUCAAAGAGCAGACCAAGAAACAACAGGAGUUACAGGCCAAGCUGGCAGCCCAGAAGCUGUCUGAGGGAUUGAAGUUCUCUAUGGGGAGUUACACUCCUGACAGUGGCCCCAUGGCUGCCUACAGAGAGGUUCAUGAUGAUGGAGCCCAGCUCUCCUCAGAGGAGGACUGAUCCUGGGAGCCCAGAAUUGGGGAAACCAGUUGACCUUGGCCCCGAGAUAAACAGGCUUUGGACCUCGCAAUCAAAACCCAUCAAACUGGAUUUCCACUCCAAGGACAAGCAAUUCUCAAAGAGGAAAAAGAGUCUUUGCCUGGUGUGAACGAGGCUGAAUGGCAAGUUAAAAAAGUAGCUUAGUUAACUGUCAGUCAGUCUGCUACAGGCUGUUGUUUCUGUCCUAAGGAAGUAUAAUACCUGCUGCCCGAGUGAGGCCCACAUGCUGCAUUUAAUCACAGGAAUAUUUCUCAUUAUUAAACAUAGCAGGCACUGGCUUUCUGAGGCCCAUUGUGUUAGUUGAGUUUGCAUCACUGGACUACUUUACAGUAUCUGGAUUUCAGUGGUGCAUGGCCAAUGUCAUGGAGCUGCUUAUAGAAACAAUUGAAUCAGUCAUAUGUACUAUUUCUUCUGUCAGAAAUUCUUAAAAAUAAAGCCAUCUGUCAGGAUUCUUAUGUUUUAACUUUUAAAUCAGUUAUGACUUUGCAACAUCAAAUGAGGUAUUUAUAUUUUAAAUAAAUUGAACUUCAAAAUGAAA